AGCAAAUGAAACUUCAACAAACCCUACUUCCCUCUAGCCGCUACAACAAAACUGCAACAAUGACGCUUGCUGCUACUUCGACGCCGAUGAAUUUGUCUCGAGGCUUUAUUUCACAUCUGUAUUGCGUGAAAGGUUGUGUAUCCGCAAGAACAAUGAUCGUCGUUGAAGAGAUCGUGAAAAACAUCCAUCAAUGCUGCCAUCAUGGGAAUGCUUGAAACUGAAUUUAAAUAUCAAUAAGUUGAAUAUAUUUUCAACAUGAUGUAUUUUUGGUAUGUAUUCCAACAUUCCAACAUGAUAUAUGUUUCUACCUAAAAUUAUUGUAUUUAUUUUUAGUUCAUUGAGGAUAAUUUUAUUUAUAUAUUUCCAAC